GUCCCUGCUUCUAGCCCAUAGAUUGUAACGUCCGUUUAUAACCUCUGUUUAUACGAUAACAAUAAUUUUGUGAAUAAUUUACUACACAAGAAAUUUUAGACACGGAACUGAUCCAAUAACCGCUUGAUAAUAAAAUUGGUCGUACCGUGGCGCUAUUUGCUAAAUGUUAAAUCCGUGUUAUCUCGUGCAAAGAAGAUAGUUCUGUUUAUUCCAUUAUUCGUUAAACUACAGAAUUUUUUGAGAGAAAAGUCUACUAAUAAGCUUUAUUUGCCAGUUUUUGUUCAUAAUGGAUGAAGCAUUAGAAGCGUUGGAAGAUUCUGAUGAUGAAGUCCAAAUCAUUGAAUACAAAGAUUUCCCAACCCUUUUUAGCAGUGUAGUAAAUGAUGAGAUGAAUAUUCUCGAUAUGACCUCCCUCAGAAAUCUAAUGUUGCUAGAACGCAAUGUGCAAAGUAAAAGAUUGGACAGCGAUGAACCAGACGAUGAUAUGAUUUUGCACAGAUUGUCAUUGGCUUAUGAAAAGUUAAAAGCAAUCCCAAAGAUCCUGGUUGAAGAGUUAGCACCGUUUGUGAAAAUUUUGGACAUCAGCAACAAUGAGUUUGAGAAGUUGGAUUUUCUUAAAGAUUUCAGAGAGCUCACGUCCUUGAUCUGUGAUAGGAAUGACAUAACCUCGAAUACCAUCUUACCAUAUUUACCAAACCUCGAGCUGCUGUGGCUCAACCAUUGCAAAAUUGAACUCCUCUAUCCGUGGGCCAAGAGGCUGAGAAACUCCUGUCCAAAUUUAAAAUUUUUAUCUCUGAUGGGCAAUCCAGUAUCACCUGCUUUUUGGAAUUGCGAAAACAUUUACGAAUAUUUACAUUAUAGGUUAUAUUUAAUAUCUUUAUUUCCCAAACUUAUCCAUUUAGAUGACAAAUUGGUACUCAAAGAGGAGAGACUGGAAGCGGAAAAAAUGUUCCAAACACAUCUAAUGGGAAAAAUUGUGCGGAAAACUCAACAGAAUCUACCAAGUUACUUGCGUAACAUGUCUGAGAGGCUAUCGGAUCUGUUCACAUCCAAGCCGAGCUUUGCAGAAACACAGAGAAAUUUCGUUAUUUAGUUUGGAUUCCUGUGGGAUAUUAAUGACUGAUGUUGGUACUAAUACUUUUAUGUACCCAUUUUUUUGUGAUUUGUUGUAAAUUAAAUUUAG